AUGGCCGCAUGUGCGGCAACUUGGCGCUUGGCACAAUUGGGAACUGGGUCCUGCAGAACCCACUUGUUUGGUGCGAACAGGUUUGAAUCCAGACCCAUUUCAGAGCUAGCCAAAUCUAAUGGCAAACGCCUCUUUCUGGUCGACACAUUAGCCCUUGAUCACCAUUUUUCUCUGUUACAACAUGAGACUGAAAAACUCAAGAGUGAUAUAGAAAAGAUGCGCAGCGAGCUGAGAAAUGCCAUGAUGAUGGACUCCUUUCGCUGCUCCACGUCAUCUUCUUUGCCGAUCAACGAAGGGAUAAUCCACAUCUUCUUGGACUGGGCUAAGGCCCAACCCAACAUAAGACUAAGACUAAGACGCAGUCCAUUAACUAAACCACCUGGUGAAUUUCUGUGGGAAUUUUUCUGGGGGAAUAAUUCAGAAUAUAUUCCAUUCAAAUCUCAAGUCCCCAACGGCUAG